AUGUCAAAGGUGGCGGUGUCGGCGGCGGCCGGUCGAACUUUGGCGGGAUCAAUGGCGCGCGUCACCGUUGCCAUAAUAUACAGCAAUAAACUAGAUAACUCGUUUUCGAGAUCUCGAAGUUCGAGUAUGUCUAGUCUAGAAAAUAUAAGUUCGGAAGCGAUUCAGUGCCUGGUUUUUGCUGAUUCAUAUACAAAAAAAUCCGAUGCUCUUAAUUAUCCGACUCUUUGGAUCGGUACAAGUUUGGGAUCCGUUUUGACCAUAAUGAUCAAUCUUCCACCGGCCGGAGAACAAAGAAUAACUCAAAGAGUCAUCGUUUCACCCUGGGGUACGAUAUUUCGUUUGAAAGGAUGCGUGCUCACCAUGUCAUUUUUGGAUUGUAACGGAGCUCUCAUACCCUAUCUAUACGAAGCAUGGAAAGAUGAAAACAAACAAGAGAAUAAAGAAAAACAAAAAACUCCAACAAAAACGAAUAGCAGCAACAGAAUGUCGCCAACUUUAGGAUCUUCCAGGGAUGAACAAUGUGGCGACAGACAAUUUGUCGUCAUAGUUUCAGAAAAACAAUCAAGAGUCGUAGCUUUACCCUCUCAUAAUUGCGUUUACAGACAACAACUAGCCGAAUCUGAUUUCGUUGUUAAAGCAGAAAUAAUAUCACUUAAAGACAAUGUUUGCCUUGUUUGUUACAUCUCGAACGGACACAUCACAGCCUACAGUUUACCAUCAUUGAGGCCAUUAAUCGACAUCGAUUUUCUUCCUCUUGCUCAUUUUAGUUUUCAGACUUCUAAACAGGGAAUUCUAGACCCCAUGUUAUCAAUUUGGGGCCAACAGAUGUUUGUUAACGAAGACACGGAUCAAAAUUUAAAAAAAAUGAUUUCGUACCUUUUUCCAAAUUCAAAUAAUUUAAAAAAAAAGAGUUUUUUCCAAGGCCUUUUUGGUGGUGGAGCACGACAAAUCGACAGAGAAGAACUUUUCGGUGAAAGUAGCGGUAAACCAUCUCGAAGCGUUGCCAAACACAUUCCAGGACCGUCAGCUAAUAUCGAAGCUGCUGGAAGACAAGUAACUGCAGUGGGUGGAGAAAUUUCCAGAGCUCAUAAAUUGGCCGUGGAACGUGGUGAAAAAUUAGGAGAAUUAGAAGAAAGAACUCAAAAAAUGAUGAACGAAGCUGAAAAUUUUUCUAAUUCGGCUCAUGCUCUCAUGUUGAAAUACAAAGAUAAAAAAUGGUAUCAAUUGUAA